AUGGCUACCCCAACUAUGAUGUUCGAGUUUCUUCAAGUCGGGAUUGAUGAUUGCAACAAAGCUGUCACGGAACAAGGGCAACGACGUACGGUACGCUCUCAGGCAAUGAAAGAUUAUAGGAGGCGGCAGAGGGAGAAGAAGUCCAGCGUCAUGUCAACGCCCGAACUUCGAGAACAGCUGUCUACAGAUCUUCUCUACGGAGAGUUUAAACCACUCGACAAAAGUCCCAGACGAACAACAUCAGCCGUGUCUCGGUCAAGAAGACAGUCAAAAUCCGAUGCACGAGCCGACCGACGCCAGCCAUGCAGCCGGUUCGAUGGCUUCACCCUACCACCAAUCAGCCAACUGAGCGUCGACCCCAGCAAUGUCUACCGUAUGGCACUGGUGACCGCAAUCGCAGACGACUGUUUCAUGACCAACGACAGCGAGCGCUUCUCCAACAUCUCGUCAGUCUUGGAGUCAUGGGUGGCCCCCCAUACAAUGGGAAUGCAGGCGGCAAACGAAGCUCUUGCGCUGAUGUGCCUGGGUGGCAGUGUGAAAGAUCACAGGAUCAUCCUGGAAAGCAGAAAGCGACAUCUAGCAGCGACCAUGUGCUUACGGCAAGAAAUUAGCGGGCGAGAUUUUGACUUCGACAGUGUCAUGGGCUCGGCACAGCUCAUACUGGCCUGGAGCGCGCACGGCGCCCACGAACAGGAGGGAAUCUCUUGGGAAGAACAUGUCUCUGGCUUGACGGCCAUCAUGGCUGCAAGCAUGGAGCGGACGCAGACAGCGCCAGUCCACGGGUUCUUAAUGCGACAGUACCGGCACUUCGCUCUGAUGCGGGCUUUCAUUCGUCGACAAAGGAUGCCAUUUGAUAAGCAGACCUUCUAUCUUGGUGAAGGUGAACCGGACGAAGGAGGCUAUGAGACUCUAGUUCGAGUCGUCCUCGGUCUGCCUCUGCUACUUGAGCGGUCCAUGUCGCUGCGAAAUGUUCCGUUAUCAAGCAGAGGCCGUAGACAAGCGUCGAAGUUGUACUCGCAGCUGCACUCCAUCGAACAAGGCUUGCGGGAAUGGCUGGACGACUUCUACAUUACUCAGGAUGGUGUCGACCCCGGCGAGUCACCAAAACAGCACGGUGUUCUGGCAGCAAGAGUCCACAUGGAGGAUAUACCGGAAUUGCACGACAACGACGGGGCGGGUGCCAGACCUGAGACGAUCAUGGGACAGCGCCACCACUUCUCAAACACUCUCAACGGACUCUUUCAUGCCUUCUACUGGACAUGCCAGCUGCUGAUCAAGCAAACGCAGCUCGAUCUCGCCAAAAGUGAUCCCAGACAUGACAUCGAGACCGAAGGCAAGUUGUUGACGCAACAUGCCAACGAUUAUGCUGCUCACAUGGUGAGAGCAAUCCCCUUCCUCUGGGAAGCAGCAAGCGGCCAAACGGGCAAGAUGUUUACCACGAGAGGUCUGUUCCACUUUGCGAGUGAGUGGUACGAGCGCAGCGGCAACGCACAGCUUCUGGAUUACUGUCAAGAAAUGGAACGCAACUGCAGGGAGGAGAACAAGUGCUUGCAAUGGGACGCCAUGCUACCCUACAGUUUCGGGCUACUAUACUGGCUGACAUAG